AUGUCGAUAGUUAUUUCCUCGUACGAGGAACUUGAUUUACAAGAGACCUUUGGAAUUGAUUGUCAUUCACUUCAGGAUUUGGUAUCGAUUCCAAAGAACCCACAACGUCUAGAGGAAUUAGGAGGUAACCAUGGUUUAGCAGAAAAAUUGAGAACUUCCCUUGAAGAAGGUCUAUCAAAGCAUGCCAACACUGCCAAUUCACAUAGAAUAGAAAGAUUUUCGAAUAAUGUUUUACCAGAUCCACCUAUUGAUCCACUUUGGAAGAUGAUUGUGGAAGCUCUCAAGGAUGAAACAUUGAUUAUUCUUAUUAUUGCCGCGGUUGUUUCAAUUAUUUUAGGUUCUAUCGAUUACACUUCAGAAGAUCCUUCAACUGGUUGGAUUGAAGGUGUCGCCAUUUUGGUGGCUGUCGUCGUCGUCACUCUGGUAACUUCGAUCAACAACUACAAGAAUCAACAGCGUUUCUUAGAAUUGAACAAAAAGUCUGCCGAUAGAACUGUCAAGGUUGUUCGUGGAGGUGAACAAUGUAUCAUCUCUGUAUUCGAUGUGUUGGUUGGUGACAUCCUCAUGAUUGACACUGGUGACAUUGUAUGUGCAGACGGUGUCUUUGUUGAGGGUCACUCCAUCAUCUGUGAUGAGUCAUCUAUGACAGGAGAGUCUGAUCCAAUCAAAAAAGGUCACACCAAAGACAAGCUCGAUCCAUUCUUCAUCUCUGGAACAACCGUGCAAGAGGGUUUCGGUAAGAUGAUGGUCACAUCGGUCGGUGUCAAUUCCAUCAACGGAAAGAUUAUGAUGUCGCUCCGUACUGAGGUAGAAGACACUCCACUCCAAGAGAAGCUCGGACAACUCGCCGAUCGUAUUGGAAAGUUUGGUUUGAUUGCCGCCGGUUUGAUGUUGCUCAUCACCAUCCCAAAGUAUUUCAUCGAGCUCAAAGUCAACGAUAUUAAAAUCACAACCGACUGUAUCUCUGAUGUCACAAAGAUCGUUGUCGAUGCCAUCACCAUUGUUGUCGUCGCCGUGCCAGAAGGUCUUCCCCUGGCAGUCACUGUCGCACUGGCUUUCGGCAUGCUCAAGAUGUUCAAGGAAAACAACUUGGUGAGACACAUGGCGUCUUGCGAGACAAUGGGUAGCGCAACCACAAUUUGCUCCGACAAGACCGGUACUCUCACAACCAACCAAAUGACAGUGGUAAGCGGACACAUCGCCAGCUACAUCGAGCACGUCGACUACAACGUCAAAUAUAACAUCCCUCAACACAUUCACAGUAUCAUAACCGAUGGAAUUUGCAUCAACUCCAACGCCUACGAGGGAAUUUCGCCAAAGGGACGUACUGAAUUUAUUGGAUCCAAGACAGAGUGUGCAUUGCUCAAGUUUGCUCAGGUGUUUGGUGCCGACUACCAAGCUGCCAGAGCCACCGCCAACAUCAAGAAACUCUACCCUUUCACCUCUGCCAAAAAGAAGAUGGGUGUCCUCAUCCAACAGGAAAAUGGACACUAUCGUCUCUACACAAAGGGUGCCUCUGAGAUUAUUCUCUCGCAAUGCACCACCUACUUUGACAAGGAAGGACAAAUCAAGCCAAUGACUGAAGAGGUUAAGCAAAUGUUUGAACAAACCAUCUUCAAAUUUGCAUCGGAUACUCUCAGAACUAUCGGUCUUGCCUACGCCGACUACGAUCCAGAACAAUACAACUUGGAUGGCGACGAACCAACCACUGGACUCUGUUUCAUUGGUCUCGUUGGAAUUCGUGAUCCAAUUCGUGCGGAAGUACCAAAAGCAGUUGCUCAAUUCCAACAAGCCGGUGUUGUUGUUCGUAUGGUAACUGGUGACAACAUUGUCACCGCCGAAAACAUUGCCAAACGUUGUGGUAUUCUCACCAAAGGUGGAAUCUGUAUGGAGGGAACUGAAUUCAGAAGGAUGCCAGACAAGGAAGUCGAGGCAAUUCUCCCACGUCUCCAAGUGCUCGCUCGUUCAUCGCCACUCGACAAGCGUAGACUUGUCCAACUCCUGAAGGAUAGCGGUGAGGUUGUUGCGGUCACUGGUGACGGUACCAACGACGGUCCCGCUCUCAAGUUGGCACACGUCGGUUUCUCAAUGGGUGUCACCGGAACUGAGGUCGCCAUUGCUGCAUCGGACGUCGUGCUUCUCGACGACAAUUUCGCAUCGAUUUUGACCAUCAACAUUGUCGCCGUUAUCGUCGCUUUUGUUGGAAACAUCUACGGUAGCGGAAAGUCGCCACUCACCGGUAUCCAGCUUCUCUGGAUCAAUUUGAUUAUGGACACUCUGGCUGCACUUGCACUGGCAACCGAUCCACCCAGCGACAGUCUUCUCAACCGUCCACCACACGGUAAGGACGCUCCACUUAUUUCGCGUACCAUGUGGAGAGACAUUCUCGGACAAGCCGCCUUCCAACUGGCAAUCCAAUUCCUCUUGCUCUACCUCGGUUGCGACUUUUACAACAUGAUACUCGAUGGUGGCAUCAAGAAGGAUUCCGUCAGACAUUACACUAUCAUUUUCAACACUUUCGUAUUCCUUCAAGUAUUCAAUGAAAUCAAUGCAAGAGUUUUGGGUAAUGAUUUGAAUCCAUUUAAACGUAUUUUCACAAAUCCAAUCUAUGUUAUUAUCUGGUUCGCUACAAUUGGUAUUCAAAUUUUGUUUGUAACAUUCGGUGGAACUGCAACUUCGACCACUCCAUUGACUCUUGGAGAAUGGGGAUUAUGUGUAGCCACUGGUUUCAUUUCAUUGCCUUUGGGAUUCCUUUUACGUCUCAUCCCAAUCAAGAAUGCUCGUGUCGAAAGAAAGAGAGUCGAAGACAUUGAAGAAGCACAAGAAAACACACCAAUCUUUAAAAAGACAGAGAGAUACGUAUAA